AUGCCGGCCGCCAACUGCUCGCGGCACAGCGACGCGGUGGAGGGGACCGUGGCCGUGCUGCUGGCGCUGGAGUGCGGGCUGGGCCCGCUGGGCAACGUGUGGCCCUUCGCGUUCCGCCUCAAGGCGUGCCAGCCCGACGCCGUGUACCUGCUCAACCUGGUGGCCGCCGACCUCCUGCUCGCCGUCCGCCUGCCCCUCCACGCCGCCUUCUACCUGCGUCCCAAGACGUGGCCCCUGGGACACGCGUCCUGCCGUGGCCUCCUGUUCCUACAGGUGCUGAGCCGCGGGGCGGGCGUCGCCUUCCUCACGGCCGUGGCCGUGGACUGCUACUUCCGAGUGGUCCACCCCCGGCUCAGGGUCAACCUGCUGUCCCCGCGGGCGGCCUGGGGGGUCUCGGGCUGCGUCUGGCUCCUGCUGCUCGGCCUCAGCCACCGGAGCCUGCUGGUGUCGGAGGCCGAGUGCCUCGGCCUGGAUCCCCGGGGGCAGCUCUCCCUCAGCGGCCUCCGGCAGGAAGCCCUGUUCUCGGCACAGUUCGCCCCCCUUGGCCUCAUCCUGUUCUGCAACGCCAGGAUCGUCAGGACCCUCUGGGGGCGACUCCGAGACCCGGACCGGCAGCCCCAGCUGCAGAGGGCCCGGGCGUUGGUGACCGUGGUCGUCGUCCUCUUCGCGGCCUGCUUCCUGCCCAGCUUCCUGGCCCGGGUCCCGGUGGCCGUCUCCCGAGGGGCGGGUGGCUGCAGGGUCCUGGGAGCGAUGGUGCACGUGUCCGACGUGAGCAACGGCCUCACGUACCUGCAGAGCGUGCUGAACCCAGCGGUGUACUGCUCCUCCAACCCCGAGUUCAGACGCUCCUCCCGCAGGGUCUUCAACACCCUCAGAGGCCGAGGGAGGGAGGGCGAGGCCCCGGGUGACACCAACGACUCCUACUGCUGA